AUGAGGAAGGAGGUGGUGGUGGCGGCAGCAUUGACGGCAACCGCCACGGUGGUAGUGGCAGCGGCAUUACUGAGACAGUGGAAGCGGAAGAAACAGAGGCAAUGGAGAGAAACACAAAAAAUACUACGCAAAUUUGCAAGGGACUGUGCCACGCCAGUGCCAAAGCUGUGGCUGGUGUCAAAUGCCUUAGUCUCUGACAUUAAAGCUUGCCUUGCCUCCAGUGGAACCAUCACAACUCUCAACAUGCUCGUUUCGUAUGUUGCUCCCCUCCCCUCCGGAGAUGAGGAAGGGCUUUAUUAUGGAGUGAAUUUGAGAGGAACAAACUUCUUGAUCUUGUGUGCCAGACUUGGAGGGAAGAACAAACCCAUUUCAGAUUUGUAUAGGGAGGAGAUUCCCAUCCCCUCCAAUCUCAUGGCUGCUACUUCUAAGGAACUGUUUGAUUUUGUUGCUGUGGAGCUAGGGAAGUUUAUUUCAGAACAUCCAGACGGUCAAGCGGACUCAGCAGAGGGGAACAAAUUGGGUUGUAUAGUGUCAUGUCCCGUCGAUCAAGCUGUUGUUUCCCACGGAACUGCAAUCAAAUGGAAAAGUUUUUCAGCUGAUAGCAAAGUUGGAAAGAAGUUGGUGAGUGACUUCAACCAAGCCCUUGAGGAACAUGGAGUGAACUUGCGCGUUUACGCAAUGGUUGAUGAUACAGUAGGAAAUUUGGCAGGAGGUAGAUACUAUAACAAAGAAAGCGUGGCUGCGGUUACUCUAGCAAUGGGCACAGAUGCUGCUUAUGUAGAGCCAGCAGAUGCAGCUCUCCAGUGGCAUGGUCCAUCACCUAAGUUAGGAGAGAUGGUAAUUAGCACACAGUGGGGAGAUUUCAGUUCUCCUCAUCUUCCAAUAACCAUCUUUGAUACUUGUUUAGAUGCUGAGAGCUCAAAUCCUGGACGGCGGAGAUUCGAGAAGCUGAUUUCAGGAAUGUAUCUGGGGGAAAUUGUGAGAAGAGUAUUACUGAAGAUGGCCCAGGAAACAGCAUUAUUUGGAGACCAUGUGCCUUCAAAACUCAUGACUCCUUACCAAUUGAGCUCACCUGAUAUGGCGGCUAUGCAUCAAGAUGCAUCGGACGAUCGUGAAAUUGUUGGUGAAAAACUGACGAAAGUUUUUGGGAUCACUAGUACUUCUCCAAGGGUGAGGGAGGUUGUUUCCGAGGUUUGUGACAUCACUGCCGAACGUGGAGCUCGUCUUGCUGGAGCUGGAAUUCUUGGGAUAAUAAAGAAGCUAGGGAGAAUCGAAAACAAGAAAAGUGUAGUUACCGUGGAAGGCGGGCUUUAUGAGCACUACCGUGUCUUCAGAAAUUACCUCAACAGCAGUGUCUGGGAAAUGCUUGGGAAUGACCUAUCAGACAACGUUGUUAUUGAACAUUCUCAUGGUGGUUCAGGAACUGGAGCCCUAUUUCUUGCUGCAUCCCAAAUGGACAUGCAGAAUGAUGAACCUGAUCCUGAUAAUGAUAACGAUGAUCCUGAUUCAGAUAAUAAUGAUCAUGAUCAUGAUCCGGAUCUUGAUGCUGAUACCUGA